UUUGACACCCAAUAUUUCAAUGUUUAAUUAAAAAUUUAUCUACUAGCGUAUUACUCUUCCAAAAGAUUCAAUAGAGAAAUGUAUGUCUUUUUGAAAUAUUAAUAGUAUAUCAAUGAAAUAGACUAUAACAUAACUUUUAGAUAUUGAAUGUUUUAGUAUAUUUUGAAGCUCAUUUUUGCUUUGCUCACUUAUAUUAGGGAAUCGGGCAAGAUGCUCAACUUGAGUGUCGAUGCCUUCUCAAAAAUGAAAAAAUUGAGAUUGCUCAAAGUGCUUUGCCUAUUAAAUUGUGAUGAUCUCAAAUUUCUUUCUAAUGAGCUACGGCUUUUAGAUUGGAAAGGAUGCCCUUUAAGAUCGUUACCUUCAAGCUUUCAACCGGACAACCUUGUUGCACUUCUUUUAUCAUAUAGUCGCAUUCAACAACUAUGGAAGGGAAACAGACCCUUGUGUAAGCUGAAAAUGAUGAACCUUGAAGGGUCCCAAAACCUGAUCAAGACACCAGAUUUCACAACGGCAUCAAAUCUUGAAGUUCUAAUAUUGAAAGGUUGUACCAAAUUAGUGGAUAUUCAUCCAUCAAUCGCAGUACUUAAGAGCCUUCAAGUUUUGAAUUUAAGAGAUUGCAAAAGUCUUAGGAGUCUUCCGAUCAAAAUUGGAAUGGAAUCCCUUGAAACAUUAAUUCUUUCGGGUUGCUCAAGUCUUGUAAGGUUUCCGGAGAUUGAUGGGAAAAUGGAACGUCUAAAAACUCUAGAUCUUUCCGGUUGUUAUAGAGUUGAAAAUUUAUUAGAGAAUUUGCAGCAAGCAAAGUUUUUGGAAGAGCUCGACUUGAGUGAAACAGCCAUAACAAAACCACCAUCCUUCAUUUGUCAAUUUAAAAAUCUUAAAGUUUUGUCUUUCAAUGGAUUCAAAAGAGGAAGGAUGAAUUCCAUGGCUCCGAUGUUACCUUCAUUGUCCGGUUUGAGUUCAUUAAGAGAGUUGAAUCUAAGGGACUGCAAUCUUGGUGAAGGAGAUAUUCCUAGUGAUAUUUCUGGUCUAUCCUCUUUGGAAGAACUUGAUCUUAGUGGUAACAAUUUCACCAGCAUACCUGCAUCUCUUACUCGACUCUCCAAGCUUGAAGAACUUAAAUUGUCAAAUUGCAACAUGUGCGCUCUUGGUGAAGCAGAUAUUCAUGGUCUAUCCUCUUUGAGACAUCUUUAUCUUAGGGGUAACAAUUUCAUCACCAUUCCUUUGGCUCUUACUCAACUUUCCAGGCUUCAAUUGCUUGCAUUAUCAAAUUGCAUGAAGCUUAAAUCGUUGCCUGAGCUUCUAACAAGCAUAAAAAAUGUGUGGAUAGAUGGUUGUUCUUCACUUGAAGUAGUUGCAAGUCCAUCAAAAGUAUGCAAUUUAGUGGAUUCGGCUGCCGUUAAAGCCUUUAACUGCUUCAAAUUGGCUGAGAAUAUCAAUGCAUUAACACUGCUGAAAAAACAUCUUAAGGCAUUUGCAAAUUCAAUAAAAAGGUUUGACAUUAUUAUGCCCGGAAGUGAAAUCCCAGAAUGGUUUAGCCAACAAAAAAGUGACUCUUUAAUUAAGAUACCCCUUCGGAAAGAUAGUCAAUGGAUUGGAGUUGCUUCUUGCUGCAUUUUUGUCAAUAAUGAUGCUUCAAGGGAUGCGGGCUUUAUCGACUGUCGAGCGUUAAUGUAUGGUAGAAAUCAUCGACGGAUUGAGGGUGGAGGCUAUUUGGUGGGUAAACGACUUAACGAGCCCAUAAUGAAAGAUCACCUUUUUCUUCAUUAUUGGUCGCGUGAUAAAUUAUAUCCAUUUUCCUUGGAGGAUAAAUAUGGUGACUGUGAAACCAAUAAUUUACGGGCAACAGGCUUAGAUCAUAAAUGUGAUGGGCUUUGUGUGUUUUUCAAUGGUCAUAGCCUUAAGGUGAAGAAGUGUGGUGUUAGAAUAGUGUAUGAGAAAGAUUUGGAAGAAAUAGAAGAGUUGCAGUGCCAUAUCACUCAAUCUUCACCAGAUUUUGAACACAUCCACCAACACUCUGCUCAAAACGAUGGAUCACCCUUGUGUAAGUUGAAAAUGAUAAGCCUUGGAGGGUCCCAAAACCUGAUCAAGACACGAAACUUCACAACGGCAUCAAAUCUUGAAGUUUUAGUGUUGAAAGGUUGUACCAAAUUAGUGGAUAUUCAUCCAUCAAUCGCAGUACUUAAAAGCCUUAAAGUUUUGAAUUUAAGAGAUUGCAAAAGUCUUAGGACUCUUCCAACCAAAAUUGGAAUGGAAUCUCUUGAAGCAUUAAUUCUUUGGGGUUGCUCAAGUCUUGUAAGGUUUUCAGAGAUUGAUAGGAAAAUGGAACGUCUAAAAACUCUUGAUCUUUCAGGUUGUUAUAGAGUGGAAACUUUAUUGGAGAAUUUACAGCAAGCAAAGUUUUUGGAAGAGCUCGACUUGAGAGAAACAGCCAUAACAGAACUACCAUCCUUCAUUUUUCAAUUUAAAAAUCUUAAAGUUCUGUCUUUCAAUGAGUGCAAGGGACCAUCAUAUAAGUUACUACCAAAUUUGCCUUCUUUUUUCAAGGUAAUCCAAGGAAGAAGGACAAAUCCCAUGGCUCGGAUGUUGCCUUUGUUGUCAGGUUUGAGUUCUUUAAGAGUGCUAAGAGUGCUAAAACUAAAGGACUGCAAUCUUUGUGAAGGAGAUAUUCCACCAUAUAUUUUUGGUCUAUCCUUUUUGGAAUAACUUAAUGUUAGUGGUAACAAUUUCAUCAGCAUACCAGCAUCUCUUACUCGACUCUCCAAGCUUGCAAAUCUUAUAUUGUCAAAUUGCAAUAUGUGCACUUUUGGUGAAGCAGAUAUUCAUUAUGAUAUUUCUGGUCUA